AUGCGGAUGGUCUCCAGACAGGCCAGCUGGCAGGACGGUUGGAGGUCUCGCUCCAGGAAGCCCAGCACCAGCUCUCCUAACCUCUGAGGACAUAGGGGGACGCAAGCAACAGCAUCACUAGACCAAAGUGCUCAGUAUGCAGGUAUGACGGCACUGCCAUGCCAAUGGGGUGCUGCAACUACAGUACAGUAAGCAUCCCACACAGGCCUUUCACCAUCUCCAGAGGAGAGGAUGGGAUGGGAAAAUUGCUUAUUUUCAUGAGGUUCAACAUCAACGGGGAAUAGGUGUUUAGGAGGUUCUUCCACUAGUUCUGCAUAAGGUAUAGGUUUAAAGUUUCAGAAAGUCCUCUGUUUGGGCUUACAGCUGUGUAAAAUAGACCAAGUCAGAAUCAAAGCUACCAAGCUACCCUGUGAUCUGUGAGUAUCAACAAUAAUUUAUCUUCCUUUCUAGAGAUAUCACAGUAACACCCUAUAAAUAGCCUUUUAAUACUAGACACACGAUGCCUCUGACAAAGAACUGUCUCGUUUGACUGAUAUGAUGACGGGAAACAAUCUCGAUCAAAUCUCUGCAUGUCUAUGGGCCAUGAUAGUGACUGGCAGCGGUCUACACAAAAGCUGUCACACUGGGACGAGCUUGGACGCAUUAUUCACUGGGGUCUCAGAUGCUUCCAAUAUACAUAAAUAAAGUACACAUUCCACGUCAUCAAUAGCCAGUAUAAUUGAACGCCAUCAUUGUGAAUUUGAAUCAAUUUAAAUCAAAUUAAGAGUUUCACUCUCUUUAUGAAGCUAGACUACAGUCCAACAUGAGGCGGCAGGUAGCUUAGUGGUUAAGAGCAUUGUGCCAGUAAUCCGAAAGGUUGCUGGUUCUAAUCCCUGAGCCGACUAAGUGAAAAAUCUGUCGAUGUGCCCUCGAGCAAGGCACUUAACCCUAAUUGCUCCUGUAAGUCACUCUGGAUAAGAGCGUCUGCUAAAUGACAAAAAAUAUAUAUAUAUACAUUGCUUUGUCAUUAUGAAGGUAGACUACAGUCCAGCAUUGCUAUGUCAUCGUCAGACAGACACGCCAUAACCAAGUAAAGUUCAGGAUCAUGAGUCUGUGCACAUCAGAUGUUUUCCUGUCCUGAUAUAACACCCAGAGGGCCCUGAAUGUCCUGAGGCAGUAAGUUAAAGGCUUCAGAAACAGAAUUAUAGCUGCCUCAGUCAGGAGUCUGGGCCAUUUAGGGUUUCUCCCAAAUGGCACCCUAUUUCCUCUGUAGUGCACUAAUUUUGAUCAGGGCUCUGGUCAAAAGUAGUGCAUUAUAUAGAGAGAAUAGGGUACCAUUUGGGAUAAACCCCAAGAAAUGUAGGGCUCACAGCAUAAUGCCUUCCCUGCCCUUUGGGAGACUAAGUGAGGACGAGUCAGAUGUUAAAUGUUGAGACUGAGUGAUGGUUGCUGCUCACUCAGAUUGCCUGUGCUGUGCUCUAUACUUGGGACAAUUAUGAUAAUGAGAAUCGACAAUGCCCUCAUCAAUUAGUUUCCUAUUUAGCUUGUGUUCUGUGAAAUCUCUAGAGAUAGCAUGUGGCUACCAAAAUAAAUAGCUUCGAGGGAUAGGACACAGCAAAUGUAGGACAUCAGAUAAGAAUGACAUAAUAGCUUGUAACUAGUUGUAACCAAUUAGGCUGAUGCUAGUCAAAGAUACUGUACAAGUUACAGAUCCCUAUUUCUCCAAAACACAGUACAUGAACGCACACUUCCUGUCGGUCUAGAGUAUUUCUCCAAAACACAGUACAUGAACGCACACUUCCUGUCAGUCUAGAGUAUUUCUCCAAAACACAGUACAUGAACGCAGACUUCCUGUCGGUCAAGAGUUUUCCUCCAAAACACAGUACAUGAACGCAGACUUCCUGUCGGUCAAGAGUUUUCCUCCAAAACACAGUACAUGAACGCAGACUUCCUGUCGGUCAAGAGUUUUCCUCCAAAACACAGUACAUGAACGCACACUUCCUGUCGGUCAAGAGUUUUCCAGGUUCUCCAAACUGAAAUUAACUCACCACGGACACAAAUAGUGUCUGUGUCCCAAAUGGUACCCUAUUCCAUAUAUAGUGCACUGCUUUUGACCAGGGCAAGUAGUGCACUAUAUAGGGAAUAGGGUGCCAUUUGGGAUACAAACCAGUAUCUACUAAGCUCUUGCAUAAUGCCUUCUUUCAGAUAGGGUGCUGUGUCAACAGUGGACUAACCACAUCCCACAUUUAACUUUGCAAUGACAUUGAGAAUACUUGAACAUGCUGGAAAGCUGUUGUCGAUAUUGGCCUAUACCCCAGGAGUAGUAAGCCCUAAGUAAGUAUGUGGCAAUAACAUUUGUGGAGAGGGACUAUAAAGUUACAUACAGCUAUGGACAGCAUCUCCAAGGAUGAUCAAAUGAUAGGGACUCUCAAGGAAGUAUGGACUAUAUUUCAACACACUGCGAACAGAGUGGCCUAUGAUCUCUGCAAGGAGCGAUGGGCCUAAGUAAAUUUCAACACGUCAGUGAUAAGACUGAUAAGCCUAAUUCUGAUGGAUAUCAGACGACAUGCUGUCAAUAAUGGCAGAAGUGCAGGAGAACAUGGGGUACACCCAGGAAGAGGGCCCCUGUAGAUGUGAAGACAAUGUCUUGAUCACAUGUUGCAGAUUGUCUCUCAUGACAAUAGUGUUCUAUGUCUACUUCUACCAAGAGGCUAAUAUUCUGUCACAUGGAACCCAAAGUGUAUUUCUUGAUAUAAUGUAAUAACAAUUAUUAAACAACAAAAAUACUUACAUUAUGCCAAAUGUCUAAAUACAUAAUUAAGAAUUGAAUUUCUUAUAGAGAUAAACUUUGGGUUCAAAUAUACUAAAAAACUACCAUUACACACGUAUACCUCCUGUAACUCCCCAUCCUGAUACACAGGCAUGCAAGAAGAAAGAGAUGAAAGAUGAAAAAGAGAGUUAGGACAGAGGGGAUUUGGUGAUACUGACCUGCAUGGGUUACACCAUACUCUAUACAGUAUGGUUGAUACCAACUAUAAUCUUUGGUGUUUUGGGCUAUAUCCCACUGUGUUUCUACAUAAUCUAGAUUACAAGCAAAAAAGUAUAGCUAAAAAGCUGAUCAUUCCAAUGCCUCACUGACCAAUGACAGUACAAGGGAGAUAGGGUGCCUUUUCAGACGGAGCCUAUUCCCUAGACAGUGCACUACUUUUGACUAGGGCCCAUAGGGAUCCGGUCAAAAGAAAGUGCACUAUAUAGGGAAUAGGGUGCCAUUUCAGACGCAACCAUAGUAACAGUACAAAAUAAAAACAGUACCUCUCUCUGCUCCUCUUCAUCUGUGGUAAACAUGAAGCACUGGGUCAUCUAGGAGGAGGCAAAAAAGAAAAGAGAAAACAUUAUAAAACAUUUCACAACAAAACAGCUACCCUAAUACAUAAUUGAUUGUGAAUUAGCAUACAGUACAGUAUAUAUAGAGUGCUUAUAUUCCAGUGGUGCCUGAGAGCUUUUGAUUUAUUUUGUCCCUGCAAUGAACUGUGAUGUAAAGGUGUGAGGACGGUGACUUAUUUUUAGAUGCUGCCAAAUAAUGAGAUGAGUGAAUCAUUGUCAUCCUGCUCUCUCUCUCUCUCUCUCUCUGUCUCUCUCUCUCUCUCUCUCUCUCUCUCUCUCUCUCUCUCUCUCUCUCUCUCUUUGUCUCUCUCUCGUCUCUCUUUCUGUCUCUCUGUCUCUGUCUCUCUCUCUCUCUCUCUCUCUCUCUCUCUCUCUCUGUCUCUCUCUCUGUCUCUCUCUCUCUGUCUCUCUCUCUGUCUCUGUCUCUCUCUGUCUCUGUCUCUGUCUCUCUCUGUCUCUGUCUCUCUCUGUCUGUCACGGAUUCAGCCGAGGCUGCUCCUCCUCCCUGCUCGGGCAGGCUUCGGCGUUCGUCGUCCCCGGAGAGUACUAGCUGCCACCGAUCUAUGUUUCGGUGUUUGACUUGUUGUGUCUGAUUGUGUUACACUGUUCACCAUUAUGUUGUUUUGUGUCAUCGACAGUGUAACGGUGUUAGUUUCUCCGUUGUUGGAGACUGUUCAUUUCACUGGCGACUUUUAUUAAAGUACGAUUUCCAGUAGCUCCGUGUCCUGCGUGUGACUUCGCCUACCGCAUUUCACUGUCGCCGUUUCUGACACUGUCUCUCUCUCUGUCUCUCUCUCUCUCUGUCUGUCUCUCUCUCUCUCUCUCUCUCUCUCUCUCUCUCUCUCUCUCUCUCUCUCUCUGUCUCUCUCUCUCUCUCUCAAUUCAAUUUUUCAAUUUCAAUUCAAUUUAAGGGCUUUAUUGGCAUGGGACACGUAUGUUAACAUUGCCAAAGCAAGUGAAGUAGAUAGUAAACAAAAGUGAAAUAAACAAUAAAUAUUAACAGUAAAAAUUACACUCAGAAGUUCACAAAAUAAUAAAGACAUUUCAAAUGUCAUAUUAUGUAUAUAUACAGUGUUGUAACAAUGUGCAAAUAGUUCAAGUACAAAUGGGAAAAUAAAUAAACAUAAAUAUGGGUUAUAUUUACAAUGGUGUUUGUUCUUCACUGGUUGCCCUUUUCUUGUGGCAACAGGUCACAAAUCUUGCAGCUGUGAUGGCACACCGUGGUUUUUCACCCAGUAGAUAAGGGAGUUUAUCAAAAUAGGGUUUGUUUUCUAAUUCUUUGUGGAUCGCUGUAAUCUGAGGGAAAUAUGUGUCUCUAAUAUGUUCAUACAUUUGGCAGGAGGUUAGGAAGUGCAGCUCAGUUUCCAUCUCAUUUUGUGGGCAGUGUGCACAUAGCCUGUCUUCUCUUGAGAGCCAGGUCUGCCUACGGCGGCCUUUCUCAAUAGCAAGGUUAUGCUCACUGAGUCUGUACAUAGUCAAAGCUUUCCUUAAGUUUGGAUCAGUCACAGUGGUCAGGUAGAAUUUAACGGCUCUUUUCUAGAUUUUGAUAAUUAGCGGGUAUUGGCCUAAUUCUGCUCUUGUCUCUCUUAUCUUGUCUCUGUCUCUGUGUUUGUUUUUUGUAUCUCUCUGUAUUGUCUCUGUCUCGUGUUGGUACUAUCUCUAUGUCUUCUCUUUAUGUAUCUUAUGAUCUCUCUAUAUCUUCUUCGGUACUUCUCUCUCUCCCUCUCAUCUCUCCUCUUCUCUCUCUCUCUCUCUCUGUCUCUCCCUUCCCUCCUCUCUUCUCUGUCUCUCUGUCUCUCUGUCUCUCUGUCUCUCUCUCUCCCUCUCUCCCUCCUCUUCUCUCUCUCUCUCUCUCUCUCUCUCUCUCUGUCUCUCUGUCUCUCUGUCUCUCUGUCUCCCUCUCUCCCUCUCUCCCUCUCUCUCCCUCCCCCUCCUCUCUGUCUCCCUCUCUGUCUCUCUGUCUCUCUCUCUAUUCUCUGUCUCUGUCUCUCUCUCUGUCUCUCUCUCUCUGUCUCUCUGUCUCUCUCUCUCCGGCUCUCUCUCUCUCUCUCUCUCUUUCUCUGUCCCUGAGAAAAGGAAGAUCAAUCACUUUUUUACCAAAAAACGAGCAUAUGGAACACUUCCAGUGAACGAUUAUUACAGUAUAGCUACAGUAAGCCUGGUACCAGACCAACCCUUUGUUAUGCUACAGUAAGCCUGGUACCAGACCAACCCUUUGUUAUGCUACAGUAAGCCUGGUACCAGACCAACCCUUUGUUAUGCUACAGUAAGCCUGGUACCAUACCAACCCUUUGUUAUGCUACAGUAAGCCUGGUACCAGACCAACCCUGUGUUAUGCUACAGUAAGCCUGGUACCAGACCAACCCUUUGUUAUGCUACAGUAAGCCUGGUACCAGACCAACCCUUUGUUAUGCUACAGUAAGCCUGGUACCAGACCAACCCUUUGUUAUGCAACAGUAAGCCUGGUACCAUACCAACCCUUUGUUAUGCUACAGUAAGCCUGGUACCAUACCAACCCUUUGUUAUGCUACAAUAAGCCUGGUGCCAUACCAACCCUUUGUUAUGCUACAGUAAGCCUGGUUCCAGAUUUGUUUGUGCUAUCUUACCAACUCCUUGUCACUCAUUGUCACACCAAACAAUGGUUGCCAUGACAACAGCAUUAGGAGUUGGAAAGAGAGCACUGGGGCCCAGCUAAAGCUACAGGAUCAGAUGAGAACCAUUUAGAUGGACAGGAUUUGACGGCCUCAAAGCAUCAGGAAUCUAUUUGUGUUUCUCAAAAUACCUAAUCCUGUUACGUCAAUGGAUACAAACCCACAGAGGUCUAGGUAGGGUUGACUACUGAUGCUUGGUGGAUAGUCUCUGUGAGGUAAAUCUGUCUAAUGAAAGACAAAUCAAACAAGCAUCUCUCUAAACUAUGACUAAAUAAGUAUUGACUCAUUGGGAUGAAUUUAUAAAGCUGCAUUGUUUCUGCUUUGCCUUCAUUCCAAUUUGACUAAAUUAUGCCUGUUUCAAAGUCACAUGCCAGUAAUGGUCACAUGGCAUACAUCUAUGAAGAGAAGUGUAUUUUGUGAAGGACACUUUUUGUGUGAAGAAACAGGAUACUCGUCCACUGCUGAGAUAUGGCCCUAUCAUUGUACUGAUCAACCAUUUCCAGUCAGACAUCAUCACAUAAGGAUGUCAGAAUUGGGGCUACCGUGUUUGUUUACCUUUCCACAGACAUACAGUACCAGUCAAAAGUUGGACACACCUACUCAUUCAAGGGUUUUUCUUUAUUUUUACUAUUUUCUACAUUGUAGAAUAAUAGUGAAGACAUCAAAACUAUGAAAUAACACAUAUGGAAUCAUGUAGUAACCAAAAAAGUGUUAAACAAAUCAAAAUACAUUUUACAUUUGAGAUUCUUUAUAGUAGCCACCCUUUUCCUUGAUGACAGCUUUGCACAAUCUUGGCAUUCUCUCUACCAGCUUCAUGAGGUAGUCACCUGGAAUGGAUUUCAAUUAACAGGCGUGCCUUGUUAAAAGUUAAUUUGUGGAAUUUCUUUCCUUCUUAAGGUAGGGGUGGUAUACAGAAGAUAGCCCUAUUUGGUAAAAGACCAAGUCCAUAUUAUGGCAAGUACAGCUCAUAUAAGAAAAGAGAAUAGUCCAUCAUUACUUUAAGACAUGAAGGUCAGUCAAGCCGGAACAUUUCAAGAACUUUUAAAGUUUCUUCAAGUGCAGUCGUAAAAACCAUCAAGCGCUAUGAUGAAAUUGGCUCUCAUGAGGACCGCCACAGUGGUCCUCUGUAGCUCAGCUGGUAGAGCACGGCGCUUGUAACGCCAGAGUAGUGGGUUCGAUCCCCGGGACCACCCAUACACAAAAAUUUAUGCACGCAUGACUGUAAGUUGCUUUGGAUAAAAGCGUCUGCUAAAUGGCAUAUUAUUAUUAUUAUUAGGAAAGGAAGACCCAGAGUUACCUCUGCUGCAGAGGAUAAGUUCAUUAGAGCUACCCAAAUAAAUGCUUCACAGAGUUCAAGUAACAGACACAUCUCAACAUCAACUGUUCAGAGGAGACUGCGUGAAUCAGGCUUUCAUGGUCUAGUUGCUGCAAAGAAACCAUUACUAAAGGACACCAAUAAGAAGAAGAGACUUGCUUGGGCCAAGAAAACACGAGCAAUGGACAUUAGACCGGUGGAAAUCUUUCCUUUGGUCUGAUGAGUCCAAAUUUGAGAUUUUUGGUUCCAACCCCUGUGUCUUUGUGAGAUGCAGAGUAGGUGAACGGAUGAUCUCUGCAUGUGUGGUUCCCACCGUGAAGCAUGGAGGAGGAGGUGUGAUGGUGUGGGGGUGCUUUUCUGGUGACACUGUCAGUGAUUUAUUUAGAAUUCAAGGCACACUUAACCAGCAUGGCUACAACAGCAUUCUGCAGUGAUACACCAUCCCAUCUGGUUUGCGCUUAGUGGGACUUUUGUUUAGUUUUUCAACAAGACAAUGACCCAACACACCUCCAGGCUGUGUAAGGGCUAUUUGACCAUAAACCCUAGACCCACUCUAAUUUGCCUACCGCCCAAACAGAUCCACAGAUGAUGCAAUCUCUAUUGCACUCCACACUGCCCUUUCCCACCUGGACAAGAGGAACACCUACGUGAGAAUGCUAUUCAUUGACUACAGCUCAGCGUUCAACACCAUAGUGCCCUCAAAGCUCAUCACUAAGCUAAGGACUCGGGGACUGAACACCUCCCUCUGCAACUGGUCCUGGACUUCCUGACGGGCCGCCCCCUGGUGGUAAGGGUAGGUAACAACACAUCUGCCACGCUGAUCCUCAACACGGGGGCCUCGCAGGGGUGCGUGCUCAGUCCCCUCCUGUACUCCCUGUUCACCCAUGACUGCAUGGCCAGGCAUGACUCCAACACCAUCAUUAAGUUUGCCGACGACACAACAGUGGUAGGCCUGAUCACCGACAACGAUGAGACAGCCUAUAGGGAGGAGGUCAGAGACCUGGCCGUGUGGUGCCAGGAUAACAACCUCUCCCUCAACGUGAUCAAGACAAAGGAGAUGAUUGUGGACUACAGGAAAAAAAUGAGGACUGAGCACGCCCCCAUUCUCAUCGACGGAGCUGUAGAGGAACAGGUUGAGAGCUUAAAGUUCCUUGGUGUCCACAUCACCAACAAACUAUCAUGGUCCAAACACACCAAGACAGUCGUGAAGAGGGCAUGACAAAACCUAUUCCCCCUCAGGAGACUGAAAAGAUUUGGCAUGGGUCCUCAGAUCCUCAAAAAGUUAUACAGCUGCACCAUCAAGAGCAUCCUGACUGGUUGCAUCACUGCCUGGUUUGGCAACUGCUCGGCCUCCGACCGCAAGGCACUACAGAGGAUAGUGCGUAUAGCCCAGUACAUCACUGGGGCCAAGCUUCCUGCCAUCCAGGACCUCUAUACCAGGCGGUGUCAGAGGAAGGCCCUAAAAAGUGUCAGACUCCAGCCACCCUAGUCAUAGACUGUUCUCUCUGCUACCGCACGGCAAGCGGUACCGGAGCGCCAAGUCUAGGUCCAAAAGGCUUCUUAACAGCUUCUACCCCCAAGCCAUAAGACUCCUGAACAGCUAAUCAUGGCUACCCAGACUAUUUGCAUUGUCCCCCCACCCCCUCUUUUACGCUUCUGCUACUCUGUUUAUUAUCUAUGCAUAGUCACUCUACCCACAUGUACAUAUUACCUCAAUUACCUCUACUAACCGGUGCCCCCGCACAUUGACUAUGUACCGGUACCCCCUGUAUAUAGCCUCCCUACUGUUAUUUUAUUUUACUGCUGCUCUUUAAUUAUAUUUUUUACUUAAAACUGCAUUGUUGGUUAAGGGGUUGUAAGUAAGCAUUUCACUGUAAGGUCUACUCCUGUUGUAUUCGGCUCAUGUGGCAAAUACAAUUUGUUUUGAUUUGAGUGCUGCAUCAGAUGACCUGGCCUCCACAAUCACUCGAUCUCAACCCAAUUGAGAUGGUUUGGGAUGAGUUGGACUGCAGAGUGAAGGAAAAGCAGCCAACAAGUGCUCAGCAUAUGUGGGAACUACUUCAAGACUGUUGGAAAAGCAUUCCAGGUGAAGCUGGUUGAGAGAAUGCCAAGAGUGUGCAAAUUUGUCAUCAAGGAAAAGGGUGGCUACUUUGAAGAAUCUCAAAUAUAAAAAAUAUUUUGAUUUGUUUAACACUUUUUUGGUUACUACAUGAUUCCAUAUGUGUUCUUUCAUAGUUUUGAUGUCUUCCCUAUUAUUCUACAAUGUAGAAAAUAGUAAAAAUAAAGAAAAACCCUUGAAUGAGUAGGUGUGUCCAAACUUUUGACUGGUACUGUAUGUAGGCUUAAUAGCUACUAUAAAUAAUAAUACAGUGGAAUAAGAUGGGAAUAAUACAGGAAUAUCACACACACACACACACACACACACACACACACACACACAGUGGGGAUUGUUGACGAAAGAGGGUUACAGGGUAUGAGUUUGGUUGCCCAGGCAAUGGCCUCCACAGAGCAGACCUGAGCAGAGCAGGGUGGUAGCAUAGAGAUCCUAUUAAAUGAUACUUAUGGGUGGUAGUCUGAGGGGUAGGAAGGCUCACUGGCUCAGCCUCAGGGAUAGAUACUCAAAGUGUAUCUGCUAAUUGUUAGGCUUCCCUUGGCUUUCUCCUGCUAUGAUAUCAUACAGAGAUCAUACAAAUCAAUGCCUGUAAUGAUAACAGAUAUUGUUUGGGCAACAUCAAGAGAGAAAGCUACUGUAGUCUUCCUAUAAUGUAGUCCCAAAUAUGACAUCAUAUUAUCCAUGACAACAGCAUGAUGUGCACAAAAUGCUACAAGAAAAUGUUGACAUAUUUAUGAAUACGCCUACAAUAGAAUAGAAGAUUCGAAACAGUUGCUUAUCUAUUAUGGAUGAGCUGCUGGUGGUCAACUGACAGUUGACUGUCACACCGUAGUACCUACCCUAGGCUAUGGAAGUGCGUGUGCGUUUAUGCGUUGCUCCCCAUAGUAAACCUUGUUAUAAGUGCUCAGGACGUCUAUGACGUUGAACAAUAUUUUCAAUAUUUGUUUUUGUUGCAAUUGAUCAAAGUGUCAUGAGGUUACAUUAUCAUCCAAGAGAUGUUCAAUCUUAUUACUGUCAAAUUGCAUAGGAAUUCAACUUAGAAGAAAACAUAUUUUGAUACUGUACUUGAUAACGAUAAUGACAACAAUGUACCUUUUUAUUGUACGUCUGCAGUGCCAUCAAUGCGGCAUCUUGAUCGCCCGUUUCCAUGUUUUCUAUUAUGGCAUUUAAAUCCAUGUUUAUUAUUGUUGUGUUCCCGGUCCACCCGAAUGUUUAGCGCCUCGCCGAUGUGAAGCACACCGACAGUCAUGUACUAGGCUCUACGGUACUGAUAGCGAUAUGCACAUAUGACUCUGUGAUAGUCACUCCUCGGCUCUGAUCCUGGAACUCCAAAACCAGAGAUGAUGAGAUUAGCGGAGGAUUGCAAGUUUACCGCACAGCACCCUGGGAUUUGUAGUUCCGUUUCGGUAAACGACAUAUUACGGAGAUAUUAUUUCCACAGAAGAUUAUCUGGAUUUUCCGAAAGUCAUACAGAAAUAUGUAUUUACAGCCAAACAGUGGACCAACACACCAGGCCAGGCAGGAAUAGAUCGAAUUAUUUAUUAAAUAAUCAAUAAUGGUUUCUUGCUGUGGAUUAUUGUAUUUCAGGUAGAACCUUUGAGUUAUCAAAUCAUCACUUGCAAUUUAUAGCAGGCCAUUGUCCCUUUUCCCAUGAGGCAGAGGCUGGAGCAUUAGGACUGAAGUCUGUGAGCCACAGAGAAAACCACAGCACGUCAAACACUAUGUGGUAGACCUAAAUCCAGCAUUAGGACUAUGGAACAGUGUUAGGCUAAUGCAAACUGAUGGUCAGCACAACAGCAAGCAGCAAGGAGGACAUGGCAUUUCGCAACUCUCAAUUUUGAGCUGGAGGUGUGAAAUGCUUGCAUUAAUUGCACUUCGAGUGAGUUUCACUGGUUCGUCACUGGGCAAUGUACUGUUCAUGUCGAAAGAAGUGUGUCCCACUGUCGGUAGUUUAUUUCCCAACAGAAAAACCAAUGGAUAUAUUUCGAUCGAAAACUGGCCAGAUGAACCAACUCUGAGGUAGGCGCUUGCUACAGUUUCUCGUGUCCCGACCAUUUUAUCUGCUGCUUAUUGUAGACUUCAGCGAAUGAUGAACAAAUAAUUGUACUAAUUUGUUUGGACGUAUAGAACUAUCAGAACAACAAAAGGCCUAGUAAGCCUACAUUUAAGUGAGAGAGCGUCUGCUAAAUGACUAAAAUGUAAAUGUAAAUGUGUGUAUUAAUGAAGAUGAAGUUUAUAACAGGUAAAAAAAAAAAGGAAAGGAACGCUUACAUUUUGCUCCAUCCUUAAACCUUCAUAGCAGGUACAUUUUGAUAUGAUGAUGGAGAGUUUCCCCCUGCUACCUGGGGGUGUACAUUCUGGAUCAGACAAUUACAGGGCUCCAAAAGAAACGCCUUUCUAUUGGGGGACACAGGGACAUGGUAAAUUCUUCAAAAUCUCUCUCUCUCUCUCUCUCUCUCUCUCUCACCCACAUGCACAGAGUAAGAUCAUUCAAUUGAACCCAUGUUCUCUACAUGCUUCCCUUUCAUACAGAAGAGGAGCUGUACAUUCAACAGGCUGUGGUCCUCAUCGAAGAUGCUGUACAUGUAGGAGUAACUUGUUAUUUUCCACCAUCAACUGCAUUUAAAAUACAGUUUAUGUGCAUUACUUUGUUUAUCAACACUUUUAUAGUACAUUUGUUUACAUUCCUUUGUAGUAUCGAUCUAUCAACCACCGCAUGGACCCAAGAUCAAUACAACUUUACAGAUGGUACUACUCCAGGCUCUGUCAAUGGUAAAGGAGUUUUUUGUCAUGCAUAGUAGCUCUGUUUCUCUCUUGAUUACUGCUCCUACCAUACCUACUUUACUUUUUAUCUAUUGACAGUAAAAAUAGUUAAUGCUUUCUUUAGUAAGUAAGUAAGUAAUUAUGAAAUGGAUAGAUCCGGACACGCAAUCUGCUUGGUGAAAAGUGUGUUCCAGCCAUGUUACUUUCUACUGUAGGCUAUCUACAGCCCUACAGGACAGUACAAGACUUGUCUACUAGUCUACCUUCAUAUUAGUUAUGACCCAUAACUGUUUUCUUCUGUGUCCUCAGGGGCCUGAAUGUGGUGAUAUUUGUCAUCCUGGUCCUGGCCUUCAUUGAGAGGCCCUCCUCCCUGUCUGUGACCUCUGACCUGCGUUCUAAACACACCCUCUGGGAACCCCCAUGUGGCCUCACCGAGGGCAUCGAGAUCAUCUGCCUACUCAUAUUCACGUUCGACCUCAUCGUUAAGGUAAUAUACACUCAAAAUCUACUUCUGAUGUAGUGAACCACCAAAUAAAACUAUAACUAUACUCUAUAAUACUAUAAUACUACUAAACUAAUACUAUUAAUAUAGCAUAUUAUUUCGAUGUAAAUAUCAUCAGAUAGCUAUUGAUCAUGUGUAAUAUCAUGGUCAUGCAGCUUUUAAGUACAUCUCUCAAUCAAUUUCAUACACUCUUAGAAAAAAAACUAAAAGGGUUCUUCGGCUGUCCCCAUAACCCUUUUUGGUUCCAGGAAGAACCAUUUUUGUUCCAGGUAGAACUUUUUAGAUUCCAUGUAGAACCCUUUCCACAGAGGGUUCUACAUGAAAUCCAAAAUGGUUCUACAUGGAACCAAAAAGGGUUCUACCUGGAACCAAAAAGGGUUCUGCUGUAGGACAGCCUAAGAUCCCUUUUGGAACCCUUUUUUUCUAAGAGUGUAGAUUACGUUUUAGUCAUUUAGCAGACGCUCUUAUCCAGAGCGACUUACAGUUUUAGUGAGUGCAUACAUUUUUCAUACAGGCCCCCCGUUGGAAUCAAAUCCACAACCCUGGCGUUGCAAGUGCCAUGCUCUACCAACUGCGCUACAGGAGGCUACUAGGCACAUCAUAGGCUACAUGACAUUUUCAUAUACUGCUGUGAGGAUAGAAGCCAAUAUAUAUAUUUUUUUGGGGGUGGUGGGGGGGGGUAGUAGACAGCGUAAUAUUGCAGAUAGAUUGGUAAAUUCCAUCAAGGUAAUUGGUCUGGCAUCACUUCCAAUCCACUCCAGUAGUAGACACAACGACAUAGAGAUGAUGAGAGAGAGAGAGAGAGAGAGAGGAGAGAGAGACGAGAGAUAGAGAGAGAGAUAGAGGACACACACCACACGACACACCCACAGACACACCCACAGACAGACAGACAUACAGACAGACAGACAGACAGAAGGCGACAGACAGGCAGAACAGACUAGAAAGACAGACAGACAGGACGACGACAGCAGACAGACAGACAACAGACAGACAGCACAGACAGACAUCCAGACGACAUACAUUACAACAUACAUAAAACAUACAUAUCCUUUAAAAAAAUAUAUAUAUAUACACACACACACAUACACACCCACAUACAAACCCACAUGACAACAUAAACAGACAUACAUACAUGCAACAUAAAUGCAUACCAUACAACAUACAUACAUACAUACAUACAUACAUACCAUACAUACAUACAUACAUAAUACAUAUAUACAAUACAUAAAGACAUAACAUACUACAUACAUCAUACAUACCAUACAUACAUACCAUACAUACAUACAUACAUACAUACAUACAUACAACAUACAUAUCCUUUUAAAAAAAUAUAUAUAUAUAUUCCCCUUUAUUACCUAUUUGUUGGAAGUGAUUCCUCCUUACUCUUUUUUUGCAGAGUUACCUGAUAGGUCAUGAGGAGUUUUUGAAGUGUAAAUGGCUGGUGGCCUACAUGGUGGUCAUCUCAGUGUCUGUCAUUGACUGGACCUUAUCCUUGAGCAUGGCUUGUGAUGACGUAAGCAAAGUCAGAUGCAUACCCCUUUUUAAUCUUUCCUCUGGAACCUUGAAAUGCUUGAUCAUGUAAUCAUAUUCUAUUCUAUUCUACAGUAUAUCGAGUGUAUAUCUAGUAAGCUUGUUUCAUGAAGUAGAAAUGUCAUCUGACAUGUUUUGCAUCAUUUGUAUCGUAGACUAUGAGAAUCAGAAAACUUAUUCGGCCGUUCUACCUCCUUCAAAACUCGUCAUUGAUGAAGAAGACGUUGAAAUGCAUCAAAAGAACAAUACCAGAAAUAACAAGGUAAUGGUAUUGAAUUGAGUAAAAUGAUUAGUGAGUACAGAAAUGCAUAAGGUCCUUCAUUUCAGCUGAAUAUAGGGAUUUCUUCUUCUCUCCAGUGUGAUCUUACUAGUGGUUCUCCACCUGUGUGUCUUCACCAUGUUUGGAAUGCUGCUGUUUGAAAGGGGAGAGGUACAGUAACAUCCCCUGUAUCUGUUUAUUGAUUGGAUAGUGUGAACACUGCCAUAAUGGUUGUGGUUUUUUUUUAAGCGUGUAGGCCCUUGGGCCUUUUUUGUAAUUAUCUGCUAAUUUUAGUUGAAGGCCUGUGACCUUCAGAGGAUUUUCAGAAGAUUUAUUUGAUGAGAAUAUUUAUUUUAAUUUUAUUUCAUCUUUAUUUAACCAGAAGGUGCUAUUGAGGUCAGAAGACCUCUUUCUCAAGGGAGACCUUGCCAAGAAGGGCAGAUCAGUGAAAACACAUAGAACGUUCUAAACAUUGUGCAUAGGCUACAUAGCAAGUAGUGAUUGUUCUAAUGGGAUACCUGCUCUGAUUUGUCUUGUUCUAGAACCCAGAGAAGAACAUGGAAUGGGAGUUUUAUUUCAAAAACUUUUCUCAGUCUCUUACAUCUCUUUUGGUUCUUCUCACAACCGCUAACAACCCUGACGGUAGGCUUAUUCAAUACGAGUUCUUCAUAUGUUAGUGUACAUUUUCAAUGAUCACUGCUGUAAGUCAAAGUCGAUGAGCUUUUUCAUUUUUAAAAGUAGCAUUUGUUUCUGCUCUAAAGUGAUGACGCCAGCUUACACUUUAAACAGAGGUUUCUCCGUCUUCUUCAUCCUCUUCAGUGGAUUUGGUGAGAGUUUGUUUGACGUGUUUCUUUACAUUUGCGUUGAUUACAAUAUAAUUUAGAUAUCAUAUUUCAUAAACUGUAUGAAUUGAUUCAAUCUGUAUGUUCAAUAAAAGCUUACUUUACAUGUCAUCACUCUAAUGUAGGAACGUACUUCCUGAUGAACCUGCUGACUGCCAUCAUCUACAACCAGUUUAGAGGAUACUUAGUGGUGAGUAACUGGCUUGUUGUCGAUGGUACUUAACAAAGUUCAAAAAUAUUUAGGUAAGUGGGUAGUCCAUUUCCCACAGGUAUGUGAGUAGUGUUGAUUAUGAUAACCCUUUAUUGUGCAGAUGUCAAUCCAGACAUCCAUCCUGAGGAGGCAUUUGGGCAUCAGGGCAGCUUUUGAGCUGUUACACUGUCAGAGCCAGGAACCUACCUUUUCUGAGGAUGAUACCGUGUAAGAAAGGACCCCUUUGCGGUGUUUAUUGUAUUAAUAUACAGUACAACAGCAAAAUGGUAUAGCACUUAUUGUAUGUAUAAAAUCAUAUCUACUGUGUUCCAGUGAGUGUGUUAUGGUCCAGACAGUCCUGAAGGUGAUGAGGAGAGUUCAGAUGAAAGGUUAUUACAGAGAUGCCAUCAUGAAGGUGAGAUUGUUCCCGCCUUACCUGAAACGACAUACUGUAACACAUAGCGUUAAAAACGUCAUGUUUCAUGAAGUUAUAUAUGUAGAUGGCCACACCACUGAAUUGUGAACACUUUUGGUAUGUCAAAAGAUUCUAAAAGUGUAAUGUCCUCAGAAAGCGUCUCAGUCAUCCAGUGGAUACAUCCCCAGGGAGGCCUUCCAGAUACUUUUUGAUGAGCUGGACAAGGACAGGAUGAAAUACGUAUUUAUAUUUUAUCUCUACGACAAUGCUAAUUUCUUCAAAACGAUGCAGUUAGCAGACUGUCAGUCGAAUGCCAAGCAGACUUUCAUCAUUUGCCUUUGUGCUUGCAUUUGCAACGGAAGCAAAAAUCCGGACAGAAGCAAACUUGAAAAGUUAUUGUUAAAGGAGAUUGAACAGCAAAUUAAAGUCAUUGUUUUCCUCUGUAGCAUCCUCCAUUGCCUGAGUACUCGUCUAAGUUCCUGCGGAAGGUUCAGUUUGUCUUCAGUCAGCAUUAUGUCACUGUGGUGGGGAAUGCUGUGGCCCUGGCCAAUGUUGUCUGCAUAUGUGUGAGUUCACUAUGUCACAAGUUCACAAUGUCCCAAUAUUUUAUUAAUUCACUUAUUUGUUUGUGUUUCUGCUUGAUCCUAACAGCUCUUAGUUACAACACUAGCCUGGAAUCCUAACUGACAUGCUUUGUUUCACCAUAACAAUAUUGAUUCCAGGCUACUUAUUCACAGUAAUGUUGUUGGUAGAGAUACUUUAGUGAAUGUACUCUACUAUGCUUCGUACACCAUUUCACACUGUAAGUCAUUUUACUUCUUAAAAGGAGGGCUCGUCCGGGAUUUGAACCCGGGACCUCUCGCACCCUAAGCGAGAAUCAUACCCCUAGACCAACGAGCCUGUCAAAGGGACAACAACCAAGAGUUUAAAUUCCACUGCAUGCCACGUGUAUGAGGAAUUCCUCGCAGUUAAUGCUGUUGCGUGCUCAGUAAAACUGCUCAGAGACUGCCACCUAGUGGCUGUUCUAGACACUGCACAAACACAGACAUGUUUAUCACAUGGAGAUAGAUGGAGGACUCAUCAUGGAUAUAACUAAUUUUAGAAUGGACAUUACAAUUGAGGGCUUCCACUAUUUAAAAGUAGUCAACUGGGUGGGGAUUCCUAUGAGUUAGGAGCAAUCAGCCAAUGAAGAAGAAGACAAUUGACUACUUUAAAAUGGAGAUAGCUUCAAUGGCGCUGCCCAUGCUGUCACAGACGCUAUAAUGGCACAGAUACAAUGAUAAAUCCUCUAUCAAUCACUAUUGUUGAUCAUCAUUAGAGUAGAUUGAAAAGGCAGUAGACAUAGGCCCUGAUCCAUUUUUUGCACCUUCUCUGCAUUUGAUGUCUCUGGUCUACAAAUGAGUGUUUCUUCAGAAUUUACGGGGGUGCAUUGUAUCCCAUUUUAUUUUUAGAAAAUGUGUAAGGUCAAAGGUCAUGCACUGUAUAUGCAUGUAUUAAGUCUACUGUAUAUGCAUCUAAUUGUCAUCAAUGUUCCUCCAGAUGAUCCUGGUGAUUGACUGUGAGAAGACUCUCUCUGAACGAGACAACUACUAUUUAGAGGUAAUUGCUCAACAUUUAAGGCCAUAGUAGUUACAAGUAGACAUUAGUUACUGCACCUGCAGUGCACUGCCGACAUGACUGACUCAUGUAUAGCAGGUAAGGGUCCUGCACAGUUUAUGUCAAUAGCUCCAUGCAAUUGACAGACUUUAUAUGUAUCUCUGUCACAGGAGGUUGGUGGCACCUUAAUUGGGGAGGACGUGCUUGUGGUAAUGGCUGGAACGGAAUCAGUGGAAUGGUAUCAAGUACAUCAAACAAAUGGUUUGAUGCCAUUCCAUUCGCUCCGUUCCAGCCAUUAUUAUGAGCCGUUCUCCCCUCAGCAGCCUCCACUAAUCUCUGUUUUUUCAGACUAUCAACUGUUUCUUCAUCCUUUACUACCUGCUGGAGAUGGUGCUGAAGAUGGUUGCAUUUGGCUGGACAGGAUAUGUGUCCUAUGGGAGUAACAUCUUUGAUGGAUCUCUCACAGUUCUUUUACUGGUAGGUGCAGUUCAGUACGAUAUACUAUAUGGAAGGAGAAUGCAGGCUCCAUUUUGAAGCAUUCUAGUUGAUGUAUGUAUAUUGGCGUCUGUCACACAAUUCAAAGUCACUUGUUGACAUUACGACACCAUACAUUAUAUUCCAUACUUACUGGAUAUUGUUUUUAUAUCUCUGUUUUACCAAAGGGCCUACAGAUAUCCAUAUUUGCUACUUACAGUCUACCAUUUUCCUAUUGGUAAGAUUUUUCUCCCCACUUUGUUUGUGAUUUUUCAAUAUACUAACUCACUUAGGACAACCCUAACCCUAAAUAUAGGCAACUUAUUUUCUCAAAAGGACGGCUCAUCUGGAAUUUGAACCCAGGACCUCUAGCAUCCUUUGCAAGAAUUAUACCCCUGGACCAACAAGCCUGCCUGGGGAAACCCUCCUCAUAGUUCAAGUUUCCUUCUCUUCCACAUGCUUUAGGCAAAAUAAUUUACCCUCUAAAUACACCUCCGCUGUCGUCAACCAGGAUCUCAGCGAUCACUGCCUCAUUGCCUGCGUCCGUAAUGGGUCCGCGGUCAAACGUCCACCCCUCAUCACUGUCAAACGCUCCCUAAAACACUUCAGCGAGCAGGCCUUUCUAAUUGACCUGGCCCGGGUAUCCUGGAUGGAUAUUGACCUCAUUCCGUCAGUAGAGGAUGCCUGGAUGUUCUUCAAAAGUGCUUUCCUCUCCAUCUUAAAUAAGCAUGCCCCAUUCAAAAAAUUCCGAACUAAGAACAGAUAUAGCCCCUGGUUCACCCCAGACUUGACUGCCCUUGACCAGCACAAAAACAUCCUGUGGCGUACUGCAUUAGCAUCAAACAGCCCCCGCGAUAUGCAACUUUUCAGGGAAGUCAGGAACCAAUAUACACAAUCAGUUAGGAAAGCAAAGGCUAGCUUUUUCAAACAGAAAUGUGCAUCCUGUAGCACUAACUCCAAAAAGUUUUGGGACACUGUAAAGUCCAUGGAGAAUAAGAGCACCUCCUCCCAGCUACCCACUGUCACCACCGAUAAAUCUACAAUAAUCGAGAAUUUCAAUAAGCAUUUGGUAGAGCAUGGCGCUUGUAAUGCCAGGGUAGUGGGUUCGAUCCCUGGGACCACCCAUACGUAGAAAUGUAUGCACAUAUGACUGUAAGUCGCUUUGGAUAAAAGCAUCUGCUAAAUGGCAAAUUAUUAUUAUGGCUGGCCAUGCUUUCCACCUGGCUACCCCUACAUUUUAGUCAUUUAGCAGACACUCUUAUCCAGAGCAACUUACAGUUAGUGAGUGCAUACAUCAUUUUUUAUACUGGCCCCCCGUGGGAAACAAACCCACAACCCUGGCGUUGCAAACGCCAUGCUCUACCAACUGAGCUACAUCCCUGCCGGCCAUUCCCUCCCCUACCCUGGGCCAAUUGUGCGCCGCCCCAUGGGUCUCCUGGUCGUGGCCAGCUACGACAGAGCCUGGAUUCGAACCAGGAUCUCUAGUGGCACAGCUAGCACUGCGAUGCAGUGCCUUAGACCACUGUGCCACUCACCUACCCCUGCCACCAGCUCUGCACCCUCCGCUGCAACCUGCCCAUGUCCCACCAACUACUUCUCAGAUAGAGUUCAAUGUGUCAAAUUGGAGGGCCUGUUGUCUGGACCUCUGGCAGUCUCUAUGGGGGUGCCACAGGGUUCAAUUCUUGGGCCGACUCUAUUCUCUGUGUAUAUCAAUGAUGUCGCUCUUGCUGCUGGUGACUCUCAGAUCCACCUCUAUGCAGACGACACCAUUUUGUAUACAUCUGGCCCUUCAUUGGACACUGUGUUAACAAACCUCCAAACGAGCUUCAAUGCCAUACAACACUCCUUCCGUGGCCUCCAACUGCUCUUAAACGCUAGUAAAACUAAAUGCAUGCUCUUCAAUCGAACGCUGCUUGCACCCACCCGCCCGCCCGACUAGAAUCACUAUUCUCGACGGUUCUGACAACUACAAAUACCUAGGUGUCUGGUUAGACCGUAAACUCUCCUUCCAGACUCACACUAAGCAUCUCCAAUCCAAAGUUAAAUCUAGAAUCGGCUUCCUAUUUCGCAACAAAGCCUCCUUCACUCAUGCUGCUAAACAUGCCCUCGUAAAACUGACUAUCCUACCGAUCCUUGACUUCAGUGAUGUCAUUUACAAAAUAGCUUCCAACACUCUACUCAGCAAAUUGGAUGUAGUCUAUCACAGUGCCAUCCGUUUUGUCACCAAAGCCCCAUAUACUACCCACCAUUGUGACCUGUACGCUCUUGUUGGCUGGCCCUCACUACAUAUUCAUCGCCAAACCCACUUGCUCCAGGUCAUCUAUAAAUCACUUUUAGGCAAAUCCCCGCCUUACUUAGAUCAUUGGUCACCAUAGCAACACCCACCCGUAGUAUGCGUUCCAGCAGGUAUAUCUCACUGGUCAUCCCCAAAGCCAACACCUCCUUUGGCCGCCAUUCCUUCCAGUUUUCUGCUGCAAAUGACUGGAACGAACUGCAAAAAUCUCUGAAGCUGGAGACACUUAUCUCCCUCACUAAAUUUAAGCAUCAGUUGUCAGAGCAGCUUACCGAUCACUGCACCUGUACACAGCCCAUCUGUAAUUAGUCCCACCCAACUACCUCAUCCCCAUAUUGUUAUUUACAUUGUUAUUUAUUUUGCUCAUUUGCACCCCAGUAUCUCUAUUUGCACGUCAUCUUCUGCACAUCUAUCACUCCAAUGUUAAUACUAAAUUGUAAUUAUUUUGCACUAUGGCCUAUUUAUUGCCUUACCUCCAUAACUUACUACAUUUGCACACACUGUAUAUAGAUUUUCUAUUGUGUUAUUGACUGUACAUUUUGUUUUUGUUUAUUCCAUAUGUAACUCUGUGUUGUUGUUGUUUUUUAAUCGCACUGCUUUGCUUUAUCUUGGCCAGGUCGCAGUUGUAAAUGAGAACUUGUUCUCAACUGGCUUACCUGGUUAAAUAAAGGUGAAAUAAAAUAAAAAUAACUCUGUCACAUAUUUUCUAAAAAGGAAGGCUCAUCUGGGAUUUGAACCCAGGACCACUCACACCCUAAGCAAGAAGCAUACCCCUAGACCAACAAGCCUGCUUAGGGAAGACCACCCUAUAGUUACAAUUUUCUCCUCUCCUUCACCUCAUAACCCUGUGCGUUAACUUCCAGAAUCUGUGAUGUGGCAGGUUUUUGCUGAGCAAAAUCUUGCUAUUAGACUGCCCUCUAGUGGUAACUAACAUUUGUUUGGAAGUUUUACAUACACUGAGUGUUUUAACAUUAGGAACACCUGCUCUUUCCAUGACAUAGACUGACCAGGUGAAUCCAGCUGAAAUAUAUCAUCCCAUAUUGAUGUAACUUGUUAAAUCCACUUCAAUCAGUGUAGAUGAAGGGAAGGAGACAGGUUAAAUAAUUAUUUGUAAGCCUUGAGACAAUUGAGACAUGGAUUGUGUAUGUGUACCAUUCAAUGGGUGAAUGGGCAAGACAAGAUAUUUAAGUGCCUUUGAACGGGAUAUGGUAGUAGGUGCCAGGCGCACCAGUUUGAGUGUGUCAAGAACUGCAACGCUGCUGUUUGUUUCACGCUCAACGGUUUCCCUUCUGUAUCAAGAAUGGUCCACCACCCAAAGGACAUCCAACCAACUUGACACAACUGUGGGAGGCAUUGGAGUCAACAUGGGCCAGCAUCCCUGUGGAACGCUUUCGGCACCCUGUAGAGACCAUGCCCCGAUGAGUUGAGGCUGUUCUGAGGGCAAAAGGGGGUGCAACUCAAUAUUAGGAAGGUGUUCCUAAUGUUUUGUACACUCAGUGUACAUUGUCAGAUUUGCAAAUAAAACCAUUGUCUGUGGUUGAGGUCUUUCUUAAGUGCUGUAGGUUAUCGUUUGUAUUAUGACUGAGAACUACUAUCCAGGACUAUAGUGUUACAGCUGCAAAUAAAACCAUAUGGAAGUUUCUCAGUGGCUGACAGAUAAGAGUAUUUAUGAAUUAGGCUUGCCAGUUAUAUGACUCGUGGUUCGGCUAGUCCUCAUAAUACAAAAAUAGCCUACAUUGGUAGCCUGUGAGCCUGCUCUUUGUUAUAGAAACCUAUACAUGACAGAUUGUCACUGUUUCUGCUGAACAUGCACAGUCAACUCCGCUUACCCAAGUAUCGCAAGUAGACUAUCAUUAUCUUUAACAGUACAAUUAGCCUACAGUGAUCAGAAAAGAAGGGCUCGUCCGGGAUUUGAACCCGGGACCUCUCGCACCCAAAGCGAGAAUCAUACCCCUAGACCAACGAGCCCUAUUGAGGAGUAGGUAAACACAAGACUUCAAGUUCUGCUCCCUUUCUGCCCUGUCACUGAUGUCAAGCAUUUGUGAAAUCUGAGGCGUGUCCUUUGUGAAACUGUUACUUUACUGACCUCUAGUGGUGAUGAUGUAUACUGCAACAUCAAUACUGUAAAGUUCUGACCGGAAGGGAACACUACAUUUGUCAGAUAUACGAGGCCAUAUAUCAUAUCAUAUUUCGUAUAUAUUGCUCUGAUGUAUAGCCCAAUGAUAUAUUGUCCAAGGCAUAUUCAACACAUAUUAGCUGAAAUAUACAGUAGACCUAUAACCAUAGCACAGCAUAUUCCGUAAACACUUUACUUGACCCCUUUGUCAUAAGUCAUAAGGGCUACACUACAUAACACUGUCAUAACCAGAACAUAACAGUCAUACCACAGCUCUCUUUGACUGAACUGUAUCACAGGAACCCAGCCCAUGGAGGUCUGACGUCACUCUGGGAGAUGGUCCGUCUGGUCAACAUGCUGAGUAUAUUCCGCUUCCUCAGGAUCAUCCCCAACAUCAAGGUAACGUCUCUGAAAAAUGACUCAGUCUUUGGAGUCCAGCCCUGGCACUUUGUAACAACUGCUGAUUUCUGUCAAAAGAGCUAUAUUAAUACAUUUGAUUGAUUGAUUUCAUCAGUUCCCACUAAUUAUUUUGUCAUAUUCUAAAGCUCAUGGCUCUGGUUGCCAGCACCAUGGUUGACCUCGUGAAAAACCUCAGAGCCUUUGCCGGUAUAUUAGUGGUGAGAAACUCAAGUGGCUGUUGUUUUGUUUGGGUCGUUUUUUUGUGUGUAGUAGAGACAGGGCUGUUAAACUGGUACGAUUGUAAAGAAGUGUCGUCUUCCUCUGUUUGCAGGUGGUUUAUUAUGUAUUUGCUGUGCUUGGGGUCUGGUUGUUCAGAGGCGCUAUCAUAGCACCUGCAACUAACCUGAGGUAUGAAGAAAAUAUGAUAUCUCAGAAAUCACAGCUUUGAAUCGAGACAAUAAACUACCUAUUUCCUAUAAACUACCUAUUUCCUACCUACAUGUAUUAUCUAUUUCUUACAGCACUACCGUCGACCCCAGAAUCAUGAAAAUGACUGUAAACAAAACUCUACAAUGUGGUUCUUAUGAACAGCUUGGCUACUGGUCAAACAACUUUGACGACUUUGCAGUGAGUAUCACCUAAACUAAGUUACAUUUACAUUUACGUCAUUUAGCAGAUGCUCUUAUCCAGAGCGACUUACAAAUUGGUGCAUUCACCUUAUGAUAGCCAGUGGGACAUUUUUAGAGUAUAUUUAUACUUUUCAUUUGUGUUAUAUAUAUAUAAGUUCUGUAUUUUUGUAAUUAUUUUUCAUUACAUUUGUAUUACUUUUUCCCUUUUUAUAUUGUAUAUAUAUAUUUUUUUCUCAUCUAAAUGAACAAACAUAUGGUGUACAAAACAUUAGGAACACCUUCCUAAUAUUGAGUUGCACCCCCCUUUCCCCUCAGAACAACCUCAGUUUGUCGGGUGCCGAAAGCGUUCCACACAGAUGCUGGCCCAUGUUGACUCCAAUGCGUCCCACAGUUGUGUCAAAUCAAAUUAAAUCAAAUGUAUUUAUAAAGUCAUUUACAUCAGCAGAUGUCACAUAGUGCUUACACAGAAACCUAGCCUAAAACCCCAGAUAGCAAACAAUGCAGUUGUAGAAGCACGGUGGCCAGGAAAAACUCCCUAGAAAGGCAGGAACCUAGGGAGAAACCUAGAGAGGAACCAGGCUCUGAGGGGAGGCCAGUCCUCUUCUGGCUGUGCCGGGUGGAGAUUAUAAGAGUACAUGGCCAUUAAGGCCAGAUCGUUCUUCAAGAUGUUCAAACGUUCAUAGAUGACCAGCAGGGUCAAAUAAUAAUCACAGUGGUUGUAGAGGGUGCAACAGGUCAGCACCUCCGGAGUAAAUGUCAGUUGGCUAUUCAUAGCCGAGCAUUCAGAGGUCGAGACAGCAGGUGCUGUAGAGCGAGAGAGGGAGGAAGGGAGAGAGAGAGAGAGAGAGACUGAGGGUUGAAAACAGCAGGUCUGGGACAAGGGAGCACGUCCGGUGAACAGGUCAGGGUUCCAUAGCCGCAGGCAGAACAGUUGAAACUGGAGCAGCAGCACGACAAGGUAGCACGUCUGGUGAACAGGUCAGGGUUCCAUAGCCACAGGAAGUUGUCUGGAUGUCCUUUGGGUGGUGGACCAUUCUUAAUACACAAGGGAAACUGUUGAGCAUAAAAAAAACUCAGCAGCGUUGCAGUUCUUGACACACUCAAACCGGUUCUCCUGGCACGUACUACCAUACCCUGUUCAAAGGCACUUAAAUAUUUUGUCUUGCCCAUUCACCCUCUGAAUCCUAAUGUUCCUAAUGUUUUGUACACUCAGUCUAUAUGGUACUUUAGUACAUUUUGUCAACUUUAGUACAUUUUGUCAACCUUUUGUCAAUGCAAGGUUGUCAAAUUGGUCAAGUUUGCUUUACUGGUAUUCAGGGAAAUUAUAGUGUCUUUCUGCUUUCAUGUGUCCUAUAUUUUCAGUCUGCUCUGGUUCUCCUAUACAACAUCAUGAUGAUGAACAACUGGAAUGUCUUUCUGGAUGCAUACGCCAGAUACACCACUGAGCAAGUCAAUUUGCUAUAACAAUUACUUUGCUUAUUCUAUUGUAUUCUAUUAUAUUAUAUCACGUGAGCAUUUGAAGAAAGGGACGACUGACUGAGAGGUGAUGAUUGUAUUUGGUUUUUAUUCCGCAAUCCAGGUGGUCCAAGCUCUACUUCAUAGCCUGGUGGUUGACCUCCUCUGUCAUGUGGGUCAACCUGUUUAUAGCUCUGAUCCUGGAGGUAGGGUCAGUAUAAUGUUUGUUUAUGUGAUUAGUUUACAAUGUGAGAACACCUGCUUUUUUAUUUAGAAGUCUUGAUAUUGCCAUAUAGAUUUUUUGCUCUUGAUUUUGUUGUUGUUGAUGUUUUCAAUCAAACUUUCACAUUUCCUAUCAUCCCAAUCCAGAACUUCAUCUACAAGUGGGACAGAAACCAUGGAUGCUCAAACCGUGAUAUGGAGAGGACAGACUUGGAGACUACCAUCCAGCUGAUGUUCAGGUAGGACCAGUAACACCAAUGUUUUUAGAACAGGCUUUGGCUUUGGCUUUUAUUCUGGCUUUGUGUUUUUGGGUCUGCCCUGACCAGGCUUUAGCUUUACUUUUGGCUUGGCAUUUUUGACGUUGUAUGUGAGCUAUGCUAUUGGCUUUGCUCUGUAUUUUGGUCCUGCCAUUAGGGUUCAUUAAUUGAAUUGAUGAUUGGCCGCAGCAUGCGCUGGGCCUUUUGGCAGACCUGAGCUAUCUCAGCAGCCACUGCACUUGAUUAGAUUAUCUGUCAGCACACAGGAAGUGUACUCUUGGCAUUAUGUAAUAUGGAACUCUCUGUUCUGUUGCCAAGUUUGUCAUUUCAGAUACGAAAGGCACGGACCAAUUUUAUACAGGUAAUAUAUACUAGGCCGGGUUACUGUAAAGCACUUUGUGACAACUGCUGUCUGCUGAUGUAAAAAGGGCUUUAUAAAUACAUUUGAUUGAUUGAUUCAUAUACCAUACCCUAUAAGGUUUGCCUUUGUGUUUUGACUCCUGGUUUUUCAGACAACAGAUAGCAGAGCCUACUGAAGAGGAAGUUGUCACAAAACUGCAUGCCCACCAACACCUCCAGCACCUAACUAUGUCCAUGUCACUGGAUAAAAUAUAGAUAUUGUGUGUAAUGGAAGCGGGGUUCCCAGUUAUUGCUUUAUUCGUGGUUCUAUAAAUGAACUUUUUCAUUGUUUCCUGAUGGGAUCAAGAGACUGUUUUACAACUCGACUGCUUCUUUCACUGAGUCUGAUAGACAAUAUUGUCCGAUAUAACGUCACCUGUUGAGGGCUUUAAGUUAUACAUUCUGCAUAAAGGGUAUAUAAUAAACUCCUAAGACAACGAUUUUCUUUGUGCAGUUCGAGGAGUUCAAAGGACAAGACAGGUAUCAUCUGAAUGUUUUUCACCUGACAAGACGGAAGAUGAAAAUAGCUGAUGACAAAAUGUGUGGGGGUGGUUAGGUUAGCUGCUGCCGGGGCUUUGGAAACAGGCUUUGGAAACUGUAUGACUUUAUCGCUCUACUCUACUCUCUCUGUGUACAUACAUACCGACUUGUGUCUCAACUUUCAAUUGUUUUUGGCUAGGUCUACCUUUCCUUUGUGCAGCUCUUUGUCUAGAAAUACAGUGAACCUACACAGGCACUAAAACAGCUUGUUUCUCCCACUUACUUGACAUUGUAAAAAAAAAGAAAAGUAAGGAAUUUGCUAAUCAACCACAAAGACGUUCUAAAAUAUCGUCUCCCCCAGAAUUCUUGCUGCCAUACGGUACUGUACUGGGAAGGGCAGGUUCUCUUUCUGGUGAGGUAGGUUCACUUUCACUAUGACUCUACUUACUUACUAAUAAUAAUAUGCCAUUUGGCAGACGCUUUUAUCCGAAGCGACUUACAGUCAUGUGUGCAUACACUUUUACGUAUGGGUGGUCCCGGGGAUCGAACCCACUACCUUGGCGUUACAAGCGCCAUGCUCUACCAAUUGAGCUACAGAGGACCACUGUACUAGCUGGAGUGGAACUCUACACUUGUUCUCUGUUUUAUGUAUACAAUGUAUUCAUACGUAGGUAGUUACAGUGUAUUCGUUACUGGUAAGGUAUGUUCACGCUCACUAUCUACUUGCUGUAGCAGGUGAGGAACUCUACACUCCCUGUUCCAAUAAUGUAUUCACAGAUAGAAAUCUAGUCUCUCGUGACAGACAGACUGUUACAUGUAACGUCGGUUCGCAACAAGCUCCUGAGGUGAAGUUGGGCCCUUGUUCCCAAAACUAAAUUGAGUAGUUGACCAGAGCACACACAGGAUUUGGUUCUUGGUGCUGAUAUUAGUAACAAUCUGACACUGUGCUCCACCUCUCACAGAUAUGAGAGGUCUAACAGCGUAUGACGCUGUCUGGUCUGAGUGACUCUGUGUUGAGUUGACCAUUGUACUUGGGUAGAGAAGCCGUCACUAUAGGCUACUGCCUCUCUGGCACUUAGAUCAGUGAGAUAAAGAUCAGGCAGGUGGUAUUUUACCUGGAGGUCCCCUCUCUAGCUGUGCUGCCCUGUAGCCCUUCUGAUUGUCACCUGUCCUGCCCUGUAGCCCUGCUGAGUGUCACCUGUCCUGCACUGUACCCUUUCUGAGUGUCACCUGUUCUGCCCUGUCUCUGACCCCAGUUCCAAAGCACCUGUCUGGAAUCCCUCUGGCCUGGUCUGGCCUCUCCAUACCUUUAGGUGCCCUCUCUACCUGUUCUACUCUCCACUCAGCCCUGCAGCCAGUCAGUCAGUCAGUUAGUCACCUGCCCUGACUCUGACCCCAGUUCCACAGGAGUUGUGUAUAGUCCCCCUAGCCUGGCCUGGUCUGACCCUGUCCCUCACAGCACAGUCCUGCUAAGGCUUUUAUACCUGUAGGUCCCCUGUCUACCUGUCCUGUCCUGUCCUGUCCUGCUCUGCCUCUGCCCUGCCUCUGACCCCAGUUCCAUACCUGUAGGUCCCCUGUCUACCUGUCCUGUCCUGCUCUGCCUCUACCCUGCCUCUGACCCCAGUUCCAUACCUGUAGGUCCCCUGUCUACCUGUCCUGUCCUGCUCUGCCUCUACCCUGCCUCUGACCCCAGUUCCAUACCUGUAGGUCCCCUGUCUACCUGUCCUGUCCUGCUCUGCCUCUACCCUGCCUCUGACCCCAGUUCCAUACCUGUAGGUCCCCUGUCUACCUGUCCUGUCCUGUCCUGUCCUGCUCUGCCUCUGCCCUGCCUCUGACCCCAGUUCCAUACCUGUAGGUCCCCUGUCUAACUGUCCUGUCCUGGUCUGCCUCUACCCUGCUCUGCCUCUGACCCCAGUUCCAUACCUGUAGGUCCCCUGUCUACCUGUCCUGUCCUGGUCUGCCUCUACCCUGCUCUGCCUCUGACCCCAGUUCCAUACCUGUAGGUCCCCUGUCUACCUGUCCUGUCCUGGUCUGCCUCUACCCUGCUCUGCCUCUGACCCCAGUUCCAGCUCCACAGCAGCUGCCUGGAGUGAGUCUCCCUAGCCAUGGCCCAGCCUAGAACACACUACUCCCCAAUAACACAUCACCACACAUCACCACACAUCACAUCACAACACAUCACAACACAUCACAAUACAUCGCCACACAUCACAACACAUCACAUCACAUUACAUCACAACACAGCAGCACAGACAAUGCCUCAUCACUUCCUCCCUGAUAGGAAUACUAUGUGUCCAGAUCAGAGCAUGUGAGCGGUUGGAAAUCCACAUCAUUUCAAACCACUCUGCUAAAAACAGUUCUAUGGCUCACAGGAAAAAAACUGCCACUCAGAAUUCACUCAAUUCAUUAAAAUCACAAUUUAACCAACAUCCAUCUAUUUUUGUGACUACCUGGACCUACCAUUUGGUUUUUAAGUAUUGAAACCAAACCAUAUGGAUUUGAAUGAAAAGUAUUUGAAUAAACAUGAAAAGGUGAAUAUAAGAAGGUUAAUCAUUUCAGAUACGCUACAUGUCUUAUUAAACAGCUAAUAAACACUCUAAAUAGGUCAGGAGCCAGACAGGGAGCCUAAGAAUAAUGAAUUAUUUAGGCUAUAUUAUUUCAAUUAUUUCAAGGCUUUAGCCUCCAAAGAAAUACAUUGUGAAGCAUUUGAGAGUGAGACACUAGGCUGGUAGGGACAUAAAGGGCUCAGGAUUUAAACAUAAUUUCCUUGAAUUAAAUCGUUAUAGUCUAUACAUUCUGCAUAUAGGCUAUGACUUACUUACAAUUAAAUACAAAUUAAACAAAAAAUACCUUAUUAGGCUCAGUCUACAGUGCCUUAGAAACACAAGUUUGGCCAGAGUCUGUGGCUUCAGGUUCAUGCGAUGGCGCCAGGAGAGCAGGCCAGCAGCAGAGACUAUCUUCUCCACGCUUGCAGAGACACUGGGGAUCAGGGACGGCUUGUUCAAUAGGGCGAUAUGGGCGACGCACUGCCAAACGGGAAAAGGAAGGGAUUUUUUUUCUAAUCAAUUAUAUCACGGCAACAGCAGUUAUCAGUGUUCACGUCUGAUCUGCCAGCCACUAAAUGUCAAAUCAGGCUAAAGUCGUGCUUCAAAUGGCCCCGCCCGUUUUUGGGGCGAUUUCAGUCAAGUUGAAAAUCGCCCAGAAGUCUCUCAUAGCCUGUCAUGUAAAAUCUAUUUUUUUCACAUUUCAAAGCUUUCAAUACAUUCUCUAUGGGUGUCUGUGGGCUUGCACUUACGCGCUUUCGUCAUACGUGACGUAACGUUGAACGUAACUAAGACAAUGGCGGCUAGCUGCGUCUCUGUUGCGACCUGCAGUGCGGCGUUAUUUUAUGUUUUUAAUUUGUAGACUUAGUUUACAAACAUUCUGCCAACCAUGGAUUUCCAGUGGUUGGUUUUGGACUGAUCUUGUUGAUCGUGUACAUACCCGCUACGAACGGACUAAAUAAUGAAAACGCUGCUGGCAGCUGAAUCCCAAUACAGCUGGGAGACUUGGCUGGAUGACAGAGUCCCGGACAGAAAAGUGGAGCCGGCCACCUUCACCCUGGUCAGAGCGGACCGCGAUCCUGGUAAGAGAGCGACUCUGUACCCCGACAUUGAACUGCUUUCUGUGUCAUUGCGACCUUACUAUCAAUUCAAUUCAAUUUAAGGGCUUUAUUGGCAUGGGAAACGUGUGUUAACAUUGCCAAAGCAAGGGAAGUAGAUAGUAAACAAAAGUGAAAUAAACAAUAAAUAUUAACAGUAAACAUUACACUCAGAAGUUUCAAAAGAAUAAAGACAUUUCAAAUGUCAUAUUAUGUAUAUAUACAGUGUUGUUACAAUGUGCAAAUAGUUCAAGUACAAAUGGGAAAAUAAAUAAACAUAAAUAUGGGUUGUAUUUACAAUGGUGUUUGUUCUUCACUGGUUGCCCUUUUCUUGUGGCAACAGGUCACAAAUCUUGCAGCUGUGAUGGCACACUGUGGUUUUUCACCCAGUAGAUAAGGGAGUUUAUCAAAAUUGGGUUUGUUUUCGAAUUCUUUGUGGAUCGCUGUAAUCUGAGGGAAAUAUGUGUCUCUAAUAUGGUCAUACAUUUGGCAGGAGGUUAGGAAGUGCAGCUCAGUUUCCACCUAAUUUUGUGGGCAGUGUGCACAUAGCCUGUCUUCUCUUGAGAGCCAGGUCUGCCUACGGCGGCCUUUCUCAAUAGCAAGGCUAUGGUCACUGAGUCUGUACAUAGUCAAAGCUUUCCUUAAGUUUGGGUCAGUCACAGUGGUCAGGUAUUCUGCCACUGUGUACUCUCUGUUUAGGGCCAAAUAGCAUUCUAGUUUGCUCUGUUUUUUUGUUUGUUCUUUCCAAUGUGUCAAGUAAUUCUCUUUUGUUUUCUCAUGAUUUGGUUGGGUCUAAUUGUGUUGUUGUUGUUGUUGUUGUUGUUGUUGUCCUGGGGCUGUGUGGGGUCUGUUUGUGUUUGUGAACAGAGGCCCAGGACAAGCUUACUUAGGGGACUCUUCUCCAAGUUCAUCUCUCUGUAGGUGAUGGGUUUGUUAUGGAAGGUUUGGGAAUCGCUUCCUUUUAAGUGGUUACUAUCUGCCCCGUGAGUUCCCCCAAUUGUUUGUUACCGUUGUGUACUGUUGAUAAUCACAAGUUUACUGGAGAACUGAGACCAAGUAGAGACUUUGGACAGGGUGGAUAUGGUAUAAUAAAGGCAGUUUAUUCAGAGGUAAAGAUAUCUGGAAUCGCGUGCACGGACUCGUGCACGUGUGUAGGUCACCUAAAUCAUCAGAAAAAUUGCCCCUCCUGAGAAUUUUUUCAGGAGCCGCCACUGCUGGGGAUGCUAAACACCCUUCGGGCCACUCUUGCCAGGCUGGGCAGAGAUGCAGAGUUGUUGUUUUUUAUUUUUCUAUAGGUAGGCCUUCAAGGUUGUUAGGCAAAAUAACCCAAUCAAAACGGAAAGCUCCUUGAACUUGGGAAUAUGCCAGGCCUAUUGAUCCAAAAUCAAUUAUGGCCUAUUGUAUAGAUAAUAGAACGAAAAUGAACAAAACUUUUAAGAGAUCUGAUUUUUAGUUUAGAUAUACUUUGCUAAAAUGACACUUAGUUAGCUACCCAACUCGUUCCUUUCUUUUAACAUAUGCAUGUAGUAAGUACACCGCAACCAAAAGGUUGCUGGAUCGAAUCCCUGAGCUGACAAGUUAAAAUUCUGUCGUUCUGCCGCUGAGCAAGGCAGUUUACCCGCUGUUCCCCGGGCGCUGAAGACGUGGAUUUCGAUUAAGGCAGCCCUCCGCACCUCUCUGAUUCAGAGGGGAUGGGUUAAAUGCGGAAAAUACAUUUCAGUUGAAUGCAUUCAGUCUUACAACUGACUAGGGAUCCCCCUUUCCAUCAUGCUUUCGGGAUACGUGUCUUUUCAGAUUACACAAUGACUCUUUAGUUGUGGACACUACAUCACUGAACUCCCUCUCUUGCUCUUGGUCCUCAUCUUUGUAAGUCACCUUGAUUUAGCACCUGUGUGUUUGAUCAGUUUCUUUAUGAAAAUCUAUAGCGAACUUCAUGACAGUAGCUAAAGCAAGGGGCUAUAGCAGCACACAAGUAGACUAUAAGUGCAUGCUGGGGAGGGCAUGCCCUGAGCUCGAGUGAGAGCUACUGGAGCGAAAUCUCCCUUUGGGAAUCUCACUCUGUGCUGCAGUCAAAUUGGGCACCUGCUGCUCCUCGCUCCAGCGCCGCUCCGGUCACGUACCCUGUUCCAGAUAGAGCAGCUGCCGCUGGGUCACGUCACAGCACUUUAGGAAUCUUUGUUGUGGCACUAACUGAGACUUUCAUAUUUCACUAUUGUUAUCAUUAUAUUUUUCCUGCCUUCCAUUCUGCACAUUAGAAGAGAGACAUUAAUACGUAUUGUAAGCACUAUGGUGAUUUUAGUUCCCUCCUACAGUAUGAAUGGAUGGGAAUCAAGCAUCUUAUAAAAUACAGACACAUGGCAUUUCUAAAGCUGCCCACUAAAAGUUCCCUUCCAACCCUCCUGACUUCAACUACACUCAACAAAAAUAUAAACGCAACAUGUAAAGUGUUGGUCCCAUGUUUCAUGAGUUGAAAUAAACAAUCCCAGAAAUGUUCCAUAUGCACAAAAAGCUUAUUUCUCUCAAAUGUUGUGCACAAAUUCGUUUACAUCCCUGUUAGUGAGUAUUUCUCCUUUGCCAAGAUAAUCCAUCCACCUGACAGGUGUGGCAUAUCAAAAAGCUGAUUUAAACAGCAUGCUUAUUAUAACAGGUGCACCUUGUGCUGGGGACAAUAAAAGGACACUUUAAAAUGUGCAGUUCUAUUUCAGUAAUAAAGCCCUUUUGUGGGAAAAAAUUCAUUCUGAUUGGCUGGGCCUGGCUCCCCAGUGGGCGGGCCUGGCUGCCAAGUAAUUGGGCCUAUGCCCUCCAAGGCCCACCAAUGGCUGCACCCCUGCCCAGUAAUGUGAAAUUAAUAGAUUAGGGCCUAAUUUAUUUAUUUCAAUUGACUGAUUUCCUUAUAUGAACUGUAACUCAGUAAAAUCUUAAAAAUUGUUGCAUGUUGCAUUUAUAUUUUUGCUCAGUAUAAAUGUUGUCAAGUAACUAAUGAUACCUGUCCAUCCACAUCACCAUAUAUGGUCCUGACUUUAUAUUCAGUCAUUGUACAGUCACACAUUACCUGCUCUUUUAAUUUCUCUUCCUAGUUAAUAUCUAGUUAAUUAUAUACAUCUAUGGUAAUAACAGGCCCUGGCUGAAUCAGUUCUCUCUAACCUGGGAAUACCAGACUGUGAUGUUGAGACAAUUAGGGAGGCGGUGUAG